AUGAAAAAGUUUAGAAAGACAAUUGCAAUAUACAUAAAUAUGUAUCAAUCGCUGAGAAAGCUUUCGAUCAUCAUUUGUCACAGUCUCGAUCAAAUUUUCUGGGGUCAUUACACUAAAUUUGAUUUCGCUGCUGCACUUGCUGAUGCUGCUAACUCUGCCCUCUUCGUGAAAAUCCUAAUUGUCGAGAUCUUCGGAUCUGCCAUCGGUCUCUUUGGACUUAUCGUUGGCAAGGGGUCAAAUAACCUCAUUGGCUUAAGUCGCUUGGAGUCGAGCGUACAAUUCAUACGUCCCGGGUUCGAACCCCGACUUGGUCAUGAGGUAGAGUGA